AUGGACGUAGACAAGCUCUUCAACCUUCCCAAGCUCUCAUCUUCCUCGCUCAACAAGCGCAAAUGGUCAGAGCCAACCGCAGAGGCGCUCAAGGCGGCAAAGACAUCCUCGACCUCCACCGACGCAUCCUCUGCCCUCCGUGAUCGCGACGCAGACGGCCAACAGGAGCGACUCGAGCCCGCCGGCCCCUCUCGACCCCGUGCCACCGUCGCCGACGAGGGCGACGACGACAACGACCAAGACGCCGAAUUCGCCCCCGGAAACGAUGCAAACUACUUUGCAGAAGAGGACGAUGAGGGCGGGCGCUUCUUUGGCGGCGGCCUGAGCGACCAGCAGAAGCGCAUCCUCGAAAUCAUGAAUCGCGGCGCAGACGACGACGAGCAGAGGACACUGAAACCGGAAGUGGAAUUGGCCAACACGAGAAAGCAGCUGCUGCGCUUCGAGCGCGCCAUCAACAAGAACCAGGAGAUGCGCGUCAGGUUCUCGGACGACCCGACAAAAUUCAUCGACUCUGAGGCAGACCUCGACGCCGAGCUCAAGGGCCUCGUCAUCCUCACGACCAACCCGGGCCUCUUCUACCCGGAGCUUGUUAAGAUCGGCUCGGUAACGAGCAUGUGCGGCCUGCUGAGCCACGAAAACGUCGACAUCUCUGCGGCCGCCAUUGAGCUGAUCGAGGAGCUGACCGACGACGACGUCCUGGAUGCGGGCGAGGAGCUGCGCGACGACGACGACGACGACGACGAGCACGAGCACGAGGCCCGCGCCGGAGCCGAGCGAAAGGGGCAGGAGGGCAUGCGGGUGCUGGUCGACUCGCUCGUCGACAACCAGGUGCUGGACCUGCUCGUCGCCAACCUGGCCCGCUUCAACGACGGCCCCACCUCUUCGGAUGCCAACCGCGAAGAGGUCGAGGGCGACAUGCAGGGCGUCUACCACACGCUCGGGGUCCUCGAGAACCUGGUCUCGUUCCGGCCGGAGCUGUCGGCGCAGCUCGUCCAGAAGACCGACUACCUCAAAUGGACGCUGGACCGGAUCAGUCGAAAGGGCCCCUACGACCAGAACAAGGGGUACGCCGGCGAGCUGCUUGCCAUUGUCAUGCAGAGCAACGAGGAGAACCGCGAAAAGCUGGGCCAGAUGGACGGCAUCGACACGCUCCUGUCGGUCCUUUCCCAAUACCGCAAGCGGGACCCGGCCGACGACGACGAGACGGAGCUGAUGGAGAACCUGUUCGACGCGCUGUGCUCGUGCCUGUCGACGACGGCCAACAAGCGGCGGUUCCUCGAGGGCGAGGGCGUCGAGCUGAUGGUCAUCAUCAUGAAGGAGAAGAAGCUGGCGCGCCUCCGCUCCAUCAAGGUGCUCGACCACGCCCUCCAGGGCGCCGCGGGCGCCGACAACUGCGAGCGCUUCGUCGAGUGCCUCGGCCUCAAGACGCUCUUCAGCGCGUUCAUGGGCAAGGGCUCCAAAAAAUCCAGCGCCUCGUCACCAACGACCGAGGAUACGGAGCACAUCCUCUCGCUCCUCUCGUCGCUCUUUACCAACCUCGCCUCGGACUCGGCGCACCGGAUCCGGCUGCUGUCCAAGUUUGUCGAGGACUCGUACGCCCAGACGGACCGGCUGCUCGAGCUGCGCGAGACGUUCCUCGCGCGCCUCGAACACGUCGAGGCCGCCAUUGCCGACGAGAAGCGGCAGCUGCGCGACGACGAGGGCGUCGAGAUCGGCGACGACGAGGAGGAGGUGUUCUACCUCCGUCGCCUUGAGAGCGGGCUGUUUUGCCUCCAGCUCGUCGACUAUGCCGUGGCGUGGCUGUGCAUGGAGGAUGACGGUGUGCAGGCGCACAUCAAGAUGAUGCUCUCGCGAAAGGGAGCCGGGUUGCAGGACGUCGUGGCCGUUCUCAGAGAGUACCACGCCAACAUCGGCGACGACCCGCCACCAAAGCAGGGACAGGACGAGCCCCAAGAAGGCGAAAUCAGGAUCAAGGAUAUCCUCGUCGCCCUCAUUUCCUUCCUCGAGGGCUGCUUCUAG